UAUAUCUUGUCCCCCGUCCUCGUCGUCGUCGCUGCAGAGGAAGAAGGGAAGGGGAAAAAAGAGAAAAUUCUGGGGAAGCCGGGGGUUGGAUUCGCGAGAGGUUGCUCGACGGGGUGGGUUCGGGAGGGAGUGAGGGCGGCAGGAUGGCGGCGGAGAGAAAGCUGGUGGUGGCCGUCGAGGGGACGGCGGCGCUGGGGCCCUACUGGUCCACCAUUGUCGCGGACUACGUCGAGAAGAUCGUGCGGAGUUUUUGUGCAAAUGAACUGCCAGGGCAGAAGCUUGCAGGGGCACCACCUGAGCUUGCAUUAGUUGUUUUUCAUACCCAUGGACCGUACAGCGCUUUUGUUGUGCAGCGAAGUGGAUGGACAAAAGAUAUCAAUGCUUACCUGUCAUGGUUAUCUGGAAUAUCAUUCAGUGGUGGAGGAUUUAAUGAAGCUGCUACCUGUGAAGGACUUGCUGAAGCACUAACGAUACUUCAAGGCAGUCCUAGUACAACCCAGAAUCAUCAAAACCAUGAAGCACAAAAGCAUUGCAUACUUGUCGCUGCAAGUAAUCCUUAUCCUUUGCCUACACCUGUCUACCGUCUUCCUAUUCAAAGUACUGAUCACAAAGAGAACAUUGAGUCAUCAAAAGAGCCUUCUAUUGCUGAUGCUGAGACUGUUGCAAAAUCUUUUGCUCAGUGCUUUGUGUCAUUGUCGGUGAUAUCUCCAAAGCAGCUGCCAACACUAAAGGCGAUAUACAAUGCGGGCAAGCGGAAUCCUCGAGCUCCUGAUCCAUCAGUGGAUCAUGCAAAAAACCCAUAUUUCCUUGUUUUGCUAUCUGAGAAUUUCGUGGAGGCACGAACUGCUCUAAGUCGUCCUUUACAUGGGAACCUGGUCCCAAAUCAAACCAUAACAAAGAUGGACAGUUCACCUGCAGUUACUAUGCCAGGGCCAACUUCAAAUACCAACCCCUCAGUGAAUGGACCUAUGAUGGGCCGUCAACCAGUUGGUGUUGGAGGCAUUCCUACAGCAAGUGUUAAAGUGGAACCAACUACGAUACCGCCAAUGGUUUCUGCACCUGCAUUCUCACAUAUAACACCCAUUUCAAACGUGACUUCACAAGGAGUAUCGGCACUGCAAACUUCAUCACCAUCUCUUAUUUCACAAGAAGCAAAUAUUGUGAAUGAUAAUGUGCAAGAACACAAGCCUAUAAUAAACCCUGUCCAACAGCCAGUUCGGCCUGGUGGUCAUGGCAGCCUCCUCAACAAUCUGUCACAGGUUCGGCUGAUAAACUCAACCUCUUUAGGAGGAGGAGCUACCUCAAUGGGACUACCUAACAUGGGGGCAACACCCAUACAAGUCCACAUGUCAAACAUGAUAUCAAGUGGCAUGACAUCAACACCCUCGGUCAUCUCUUCUAUGUCUGGACCUGGACAACCAAUUGGUACUCAACAAAUGGCACAGAGCACAGGUCUUGGUUCCUUUGGCUCAAACACUUCUGCUGUAUCAGGCAAUUCAAAUAUUGUUGUAUCAUCCUCUCUGGCUAACAUUCAAAGUAGCAUGGGCAUGAGUCAAUCAGUGCCACCUAUGCCACAAGGAGGCUUAAUGGCUGGCUCACAAUUAGGACAAGGUGGAAUUGGCACAAACCAAAACAUGAUGAGUGGCCUUGGGGCUACAGCUAUCUCUUCAGUGCCUGCAAUGAUGCCAACACCUGGGAUGGCCCAACAGACAGGAGUCAAUUCCCUUGGUGUGACUAAUAAUUCGGCCAUGAAUAUGCCUAUUGGGCAGCAUCCUAAUGCCCAACAGCCACAGCCCUCAAAGUACGUCAAAAUUUGGGAGGGAACUUUAUCCGGGCAAAGGCAAGGACAGCCUGUAUUUAUUUGUAAACUCGAAGGUUAUAGGAGCGGAACAGCGUCCGAAACACUUGCAGCAGACUGGCCAGAAACUAUGCAGAUUGUUCGCCUCAUAGCUCAGGAGCAUAUGAACAACAAACAAUAUGUUGGCAAGGCAGACUUUCUAGUAUUUCGGACAUUAAAUCAGCAUGGGUUUCUUGGACAACUACAAGAAAAGAAGCUGUGCGCUGUGAUACAGUUACCUUCACAAACUUUGCUGCUGUCAGUGUCUGACAAAGCGGGCCGCCUGAUUGGCAUGCUCUUCCCUGGGGACAUGGUGGUAUUCAAACCACAGGUCUCGACUCAGCAGCCACCAAUGCAGCAGCAGCAACUUCAACAGCAACAGCAGCUACAACAUCAGCAAUUGCAACAACACAUGCAUAUGCAGCCGCAGGGCCUACCGCUUCAGCAGCAGCAGCUGCAACAAAUACAGCAGCAGCAGCAACUGCCACUUCAGCAACAACAGCAGCAGAUACAGCAAAUGCAACAGCAGCAGCAGCAACAACAACAGAUGCAGCAAAUGCAUCAACAACAGCAGCAGCAACAACAGAUGCAGCAAAUGCAGCAGCCCCAGAUGGUGGGCACUGGGAUGGGGCAGCCAUUCAUGCAGGGGCACAAUCGGGCAGUGCAGAUGAUGCAAGGGAAGAUUGCGCCGCAGGGACCAGGCAGCAUGCCUGGGGGAGGCUUCCUACCUUGAAUCACCUCUUGUCAGCAGAGCAUCAGGUGAACGAGUUAACACUGAUCCCCGAUGGUUUUGAGAUGUCUCCUGGUGUCACCAGCUUGCCAAUAAAGGUGCGAGUCACCUCGGGGAUUUGGAUAGUUCCCAACACCAGCUUGCCAAUGAAGGCGUGACAUGCUUUUUUUUUUGUUCCUUUUGCCUGGAUAGAAAUGGAUGUUUUGUGGUUGUCAAAUCCUUGUACAGAUCAUUGUUACUGUCCUGUCCUAGCUUGCAGCAGGUAGUUCUUCGGUUGGUUGAUAUAGGAAGGAGCACAGUAAAUUUAAGUUGUGAAAACUAAGAUGAUGAAUCUGAGGGUCCUUAUGCCGACUGUUUGACAGAUUGGGUGUAGCAGGGGAGAUUGUGGGCUGAAAUACAGCCCAGGCCGUCCUUAUUGCGCCUUGUGUUUUAUCUGUAAGAGUAAAAUACUACUACACCUUUAAUUAACAGUGUCAGAUAAACUUUCAA